ACAGAAGAAUCUCUUCACAGUGAUACCUGCGGAAAUGGAGUCAUUGAUCGUGGGGAGGAAUGCGAGCCCUACCAACAAGGUCUUCCAAUUGGUCUUCCACAAAGCUCUGAUGGAUCCUUUAAUAAAUCCCUCAAUUCCCCGGCCUUUGGAUGCUGUGAUCCCAAAACUUGCCUAGCAGACGUCAGUGCUGUUUGUGUUACUGGUGGCUGCUGUCGGAGUUGUCAGCUGGUUGCUAGGGGGCGGCUUUGCCGACCCGCCAGAGAUCAAUGUGAUUUGCCAGAAUUUUGCUCUGGAGCAGACCCGGAAUGUCCCGCAGAUCUCUACCUUGAGAAUGGAAUGCGAUGUAAAGGAGUGGGAAAGAAUCAUGACGUAGAAGAGGGCCUUUGCUACGAAGGUAGAUGUCCUACUCGUAGUAGCCACUGCAAAGCCCUUUGGGGACCUAAUGCUCGAACGGCUGAUGACUAUUGUUACACAAAUAUGAACAAGAAGAUCGAUUCUGCUUGCGGUAAUGGGGUAGUCUGUGAAGAAGAAAACACAAUGUGUGGACUUUUGCAUUGUCAAAAUGGAAAUGAUGAACCUGCUCUUAAUGAAGCUAGAUCUUUGAGUUUUUUCAACCUGCGAACUCAAAAUGAAAACCAGAAAAUACAUUGCCAAUACGUGGCUAGCACACAGAAGUUCAGUUACGUUCCUGAAGGAGCGUCGUGUGAUGAAGGUCGAUUUUGUUUCCAAAAUCGUUGUAUCAAACCUACUGGCAUUGCUGUCCAUUCAAAAUGUCCUAAAGGGCCCUAUAUCGGUCCCCUCCAAGAUGGUGCUAAUGCUGAUUUCAUUCAUCCAGCUGUGCGUCGUAGUUUGCCAGUCUUCACUAAUUCACCCGUGAAUAUCACAUGCGCUGGUCGUGGGAUAUGCACCAACGGAGCCUUCUGCCUUUGUCCACCGGGUUGGCAUGGCCCUUCUUGCACUCAACGUCAACCAUCAACCAAUCAAAACUCCUCUCUGAUUAAACAAAGUAUUGGCAAUAUUCAUGCCUCCGUGUACCCAGAUGAAGAUAUUGCAAGUUUAAUAUGGAUGUACAUUCAAACAGUCGAUAAGAAUCCGGAAGGACUAACUGAAUCCGUGCCAUCUAACACCGUCUUUCUAAUAUCCAUAUUAGCAGCGGUGAUAGUUUGCGUUUUCUUCUGUCUCUGUGCAAUUAUAUUCCUUUACAGACGUCGCAACAUGCAUAAGCGUGAUUUUCAUCAUUUGAACAAACGAGCUUUCAAUUCAAAUCAGACGCGACUGUCUCCACCUCUCUUUGAUUCGAAAUCUCCUGGUCAAGGAACAGCAUCAACAACAGCCGCUAACAGUAUGGAUUCGAUGUGUCUCUGCAACAGAAAUUCUAGACCGGGAGGAGCCUCUUUAGAUGAUAUGGAAUUGCACUACCAUUCCAGGCACUCUCGCAAUCGUCGACAUAGACACGGUUCGAAGAAUCGAAAUCGAAGGCGUAAGAGGGGUGGUUAUUCUAGUGGUGACAGUCUUCAAGCUGGAAAUAAUGGCGCGAUUGAAUCUGGGCCUGAAUUAGGUGGUCGCGAUGACUCAGUGAAAGAGGGGAAGAUCAAAUUCGGCUCUAUGCCCUCCUAUCGAGAGGAUAAGAUGAAAAAUGCGAGAAAUGGAGAUGCUAGUGGAGGAACAGUGGUUGGAACUACCGCUAAUGAGACGCCAGUGGUGACAAACAGUUUAACAGCGACGACUAGCGCUCACCUACCUCCGCCACCCCCUCUUAUCGAUUUUUCUGCUGCCUGGUCAAUACCACCACCCCCACCUCCACUUCAACAAGCAUUUGUGAUGCAAUCAUCAUCUGGAAAUCAGGUCUAUGUUCAACAACCGCCAGUGUCAUGGAUGUCUCCGAAUAUGUCUGCGGCGGUGACAUCGACUGGAAUGACUGUUAAUAUGACACCUCCAAUGUCAUCACCGAUGCAAAUGCUUGCAUCGAGUAGAAUGGAAGGUGGAAGUAAUGGCGAAAUGAUGAGUGUUCAGUCAACGAGGAAGGCUAUGACCACUUCGACAAUUUCAACUGAAGAAGUUGAUCAACCUGUUCCUCAAGUGACUGUUAUCCGGGAAAAUUCCUCUCGUCAACCCGAGAAGGGCAUCUUGAAAAACAAACACGAAGGUACUGGUUUGGAUCUCGCUGACUCCACCAAUGUUAAUCCCAGUUCUUCCAAGAGGCGUAAGCACUCCUCCAAACGUACUGUGAGCAAGAAGCAUCGCUGUGGCUCAUCAAUGUCUUCCACAAGCUCCUCAACUUCGAGUUCAGUCUCAAGAUCUAGAUCACCAUCAAGUGGUUCAAGCACGGGGUCAACGAGCUCCUCGCUCUCAUCUGCCAGCUCCUAUUCCACUAGCAGGGCAACAGAUGAUACUAAUUCGACAAACUUCGUGACCUCUGCAACAAAUAGUGGAGACGAAGAGGGUGGAGAACGAAGUGGCCUGAUUUCGGAUUCAGCGAGCACUUGCUCAACUGCUCGUGAAACUGGUGGAAAAUGCAAACGCAAGAACCAUCGACAUAAACGUCGUCAAUCCAAACGCAAGUCCUCCUCAGGUCAUCGAUCACACAGCCAUGGGCAUCAUCAUCAUCAUCACGGCGGUCAUCCAAAUCGUAGACACCAACAGAGCAGUGAAGAGACCUCCGCAACCAACACAUCCACAACGCCUCCGACCACUACAACAGCAUCCACUUCAUCAAAUUCCUCACCAUGUCAUCGUAGGUGUCACAGGCGUAGACGCACUGGAACGAGUCGCAGGUAUCGAAUGAGUUCGGAGGAGGCGGAGAGUAGUAUUGGAAUCCAAAACCACAAAGUGCCAACAAUUCUGUGCAAUGCGGAACAGCAGACAGAUGAAAUUAGCUUGGCUAGGGCUUCGGGAAUUUUAUUUGAACCUGGACAAAACGAUCUCCAAUCCUUCAACUCCUCGAAGGACGCCCAUCAUGGUGGAAUGACCACUUACCACCAUCAGCAGAUGAAUGGCGGCAGCAAUCAACAAGGACAGGAGCCGCCUCAGUCCGCCACUGACCAAGAGGACUCCGAAUGGGAGGAGGUGGAGUGUACGGGAGGAUCAGACUGUGAAGAGUGUCGAAAGAACGCAGCGGGUGGAGUGGGGCUAGCAAAUGCAUCGACGUCAACCAAUAAUGGCAAUGCAGUCGUCACAAUUUCGUCUUGGAAUCCCUCAUCAGCAGUUCCACCGACCCCUCCCUCAGCAGGUGGUCUCUUGUCUAGACAGUAUAAACUCCCCUCACCGCCACCUCUACCUCCUGUAACUUCGACUCCUUACUACUGUACGACGCAACUCUCGUCUCAAGGCGAAAUCGAUCCAUACUACCAACCACCUACGGAAGAUGGUGACUCCUAUAUUGGGGAGAAAACGGGUUUGGUACCGCAUUUGAAGUACCCUGGUCAUACGGAGGAAGAUGAUGGUCUGAUCAGCAAUCGAGGUAACCAGGCCAGCGGUCUACCGAUGAACUCUUCUUUGAAUGCACCAAAUGACUGCUACAUGAUGAAGGAUUCUGAUGGUUUAACUCGAAAGAAUUCACCUGGAAUGGCUUAUAUCGCUAGGCAUAAUUACCAGGGCUCUGAUAGUGACUUCUCCCUCUCCAAUUCGGUUAAAAAAUCACCCACUCCCGGUCACCAUCAGACAGCUAUUUCUUCCGCUUGGUUGUCACCCUCUAAUAACCUUGUCAACAGUCAACCAACCACCAAUCACCUAGACACAUCUUCCCAUCACCAAUGGCUGGAUGUGGCCGAGUCUGAUGCCAGUUCACUUCCUGAUGCUUCCUGCGAUCUGGUGCAUUUAGCUCAAUUGAGCCAUGCUGCUCGUAUUAAUCCCAAUCUCUCCGAUUUGGCUCGCCAACAGGAGCGAAUACGCCUGGGGGCUGAUGUAUCGUAUUACUCAAAACAGCUAUGA